AUUGAUGAUAUCCCAGAUGUGAAAAAUGACUUUGCUUUUAUGCUUCAUAUGAUAGAUCAGUAUGACCCUCUGUAUUCUAAGAGGUUUGCAGUGUUCCUGUCUGAAGUGAGUGAAAACAAAUUAAAGCAGCUGAACUUAAACAACGAGUGGACUCCUGACAAACUGAGGCAGAAGCUGCAGACAAAUGCCCAUAACCGGCUAGAGUUGCCUCUUAUCAUGCUCUCUGGCCUUCCAGAUACUGUUUUUGAAAUCACAGAGUUGCAAUCUCUAAAACUUGAAAUCAUUAAGAAUGUAAUGAUACCAGCCACCAUUGCACAGCUUGACAAUCUCCAAGAACUCUCUCUACACCAGUGCUCAGUCAAGAUCCACUGUGCGGCGCUGUCUUUCCUGAAAGAAAACCUGAAGGUCUUGAGUGUCAAGUUUGAUGACAUGAGGGAGUUGCCCCCCUGGAUGUAUGGACUCCGGAAUCUGGAAGAGCUCUACCUGGUUGGCUCUCUAAGUCAUGAUAUUUCCAGAAAUAUCACCCUUGAGUCUCUGCGGGAUCUCAAAAGCCUUAAAAUUCUCUCCAUCAAAAGCAAUGUUUCCAAAAUCCCUCAGGCAGUGGCUGAUGUUUCCAGCCACCUCCAGAAGAUGUGCAUACAUAACGAUGGCACCAAGCUGGUGAUGCUCAACAAUUUGAAGAAGAUGACCAAUCUGACAGAGCUGGAGCUAGUCCACUGCGACCUGGAGCGCAUUCCUCACGCCGUGUUCAGCCUGCUUAGCCUCCAGGAAUUGGACCUCAAGGAAAAUAACCUGAAAUCUAUAGAAGAAAUCGUCAGCUUCCAGCACCUGAGAAAACUGACAGUGCUAAAACUGUGGCACAACAGCAUCACCUAUAUCCCAGAGCAUAUAAAGAAACUCACCAGCCUGGAGCGUCUGUCUUUCAGUCACAAUAAAAUAGAGGUGCUGCCUUCCCACCUCUUCCUGUGCAACAAAAUCCGAUACUUGGACUUAUCCUACAAUGACAUUCGAUUUAUCCCACCUGAAAUUGGAGUUCUACAAAGUUUACAGUAUUUUUCCAUCACUUGUAACAAAGUGGAAAGCCUUCCAGACGAACUCUACUUCUGCAAGAAACUUAAAACUCUGAAGAUUGGGAAAAACAACCUAUCAGUACUUUCACCAAAAAUUGGAAAUUUACUGUUUCUUUCCUACUUAGAUGUUAAAGGCAAUCACUUUGAAAUCUUGCCUCCUGAACUGGGUGACUGCCGGGCUCUGAAGCGGGCUGGUUUAGUUGUAGAAGACGCUCUGUUUGAAACUCUGCCUUCUGAUGUCCGGGAGCAAAUGAAAACAGAAUAACUUAUUUUUGUUUAAAAUUUGACUGAAACAUGCUUCUGCCAAAUACAAUAUAAAUAAUUAGGUAGUCUUAAUGCCUUUCCUAUUUUUUUUCCACACAAAACAAAAUGUACACAAAGAUUAAGGAGUGUGUAUUUUUUAAUAAAAAUUUAAUUGUAUUUUUUCAAUAUUAAUAUUUUAAAGUUUUAUUUGUCUUUGAAUCUAAUAUAUGUAUUAUUGUCUUCCACUGACAGAAACAGAUGGUUCUAUCUGGUUUUUUGUGGGGUUUUUUUUGUCUUUUCAGUUACAUUCUUGUGAAGGGGAGGGAACUUUAUGUUGCAUGCUUUUGGGUAUUUUUUAAAUAGGUGAAGACAUUUUGCCAAGGUCAUUUUUAGAUUGUUUAUACCUGUAUGCAGUCCUUAUUUUUGUUUUCAUUGUAUGUGUGCCAAGAAAUCCAUGCUGGUUAUUUUAAUAUCAGCUGCAUUCCCCAUUGGCUAGCUCCUUCAUUCUACAGAAAACUCUUCUCUGUUGUGUGAAUUCACGUAAGUGCAUCAUCACAGACUAUUAUUUUUAUUCUCCCUCACCUCCCACAGAACCCUAAAUCAUGUUGUUUUGUAUAUCUGACAGUUAAAGUUAUCCUUAGAUAAGGAUUUUGUGAGUGAAGACAAUAAUUUUCCAUGUUUGGCUUGCUUGAACUGGUCAUUUAUAAUUUAACUGAUUUGCAUUUUUAUGAACAUUAAAAAAAUAUCGUUUAAAAACAAGAUACAGAGGCUCCCACCCUUUAAACUCAAUAUUCCUAUGUAGUAUUGGUGAACAACCUUAAGAGAAACAAGACACUAGAUUUAUUUUAAUUAAUAGGUAAUUACAUUUAAAAAUCAUAGAAUUAGAAGCCUGGUUUUUGGCUAACAUAAUCAUCUUUGAUAUCUUGAUAUGUGGGUACGUCAGAUGGAAAAAAACCCACUAGUAAAGCUAGUGAGAAAAAACUCUGCUAAAGAGCUGGUACACUCCAGUGAAGCCCACUGAUUUCUCCAGGCAGUGUGGCAGUGGUAAUCUAUUCAAACUCUCCCUGUUAUACAAAAUAAUCCACUUAUAGACAUAUAUAAAAGUAGAUAUAUGAAUUGAUCUCACUCAAACCUACCCUUGCUGUGAAUGCUGGGGAAUAUAAGUGCAGGAACUCUUCAUCAGCUCUCUUUGGCUUAAAAUAAGCAUCUCAUCUAAAAGAGUUCUGUUACUUUUUUUAAAAGUGUGAAUACAUUGCUAAGUGGAUGUUACUUGGGAACAGCAGAGCUUUUAUUUAUCUUUGUUCUAAAAAACAUCUGACAUAAUGUGGGUCUUCGGCAAAAUUUUUCACUGACUAUGAGUCUGUGUAGAACAGGAAAAUGAAAACACUUUUUGUGCCCUCAACCUGGGACCAACCAGUGCCACUGAUCAUGGGAAUUUUAUUUUACGUACCAAACUCACACUGUUUUCAGAUCUAAGAAAGUUCUGCCUCAUAGCAAUCAAAGAAAGUAGGAAGAUGAUGUGGGGUUUCAAAAUGCUGCUUUUAAAGUUUCUUCCUUGGAUCCUGGUGACUUUGCUCAGUGCUGCUUUGAAUCAUAUAUGGAACACAAA